AUGGAAAACACCGAGGCCAGAUUUCUCAACAGCCCUGCAUCUUCUGUGCAAACUGACGAGGCUUCUCCAAUUGACUCGUCCCAGAUUUCAAGGAGACCAAAGAGGGUCUCGCAUACAAAGUCACGCAAAGGCUGCCAGCAAUGCAAGAAAAGAAAGGUCAAAUGCGAUGAGCAGCGACCUGCGUGCUUCAAUUGCAGUAGAUUGCAAGAAGAAUGCAAGUACUUACCGCCACCACCAAAGAAGGCAUAUGUCAGGAGGUCAGGCUCUCCCAAACCAGCAAUAAGCGGCACUGGUGGUAUCAACCUCGGAGAUCUUGAAUUGUUUCACACAUACACUACAUCAACGUACUCAACUUUGUCAAUAUUUCCGGCACUGCAAGACUUUUGGAGGAUAACAGUUCCGCGUUUGGCUAUACACAACAGCUAUUUGAUGGGUGAAGUACUUGCGCUGGCAGCAUUGCACCUUGCUUAUCACAGACCGGAUCAGCGGCACGAAUACCUUGCAACGGCCCUCACACUCCAUCAGGAAUCUUCUCAGCAAGCAAUGGGACUCCUGAAAGAGUUAAAUCCCGAGAAUGCUGACGGCCUGUUCAUAUUUUCUUCUCUGACUAUUGUCAUCGCAAUGGCUACGCCAAAACGGUCGCAGCAAGAUGGGAUACCAGCGGGCGAAGGUGAUUUCGAAGAUUGGAUAUAUCUCAUACAAGGGACAGCUAAGCUCUCAACAACCUUCGAACAAGACUGUCCUGAAAGCUGUUUGACAUCAUUGUUCUCCUUUAGCCGUCAAAGAUGGGCAUUGCACAAUGUCUUUCACCCCUCCUACGACCAAAGGGAUGAGGUACUAUGCCAACUAGAAGAGAGGAUAAGAAACUAUGUCCCACAGAGCGAGAAGUUGAACAUUUUGAUCGAGAGGAUUGACAGCUUGCGAUCUGCAGCAUGUCGCACUGCGAGCUGGGAGAGUACUGAUUUGUUCUUUUGGUUAUACGCGGGUAUCGAUGGAUUUUUACCUCUUGUCAAAGCACGCGAUCAGGAGGCUUGGGCGGUACUAGCUCACUUCUGUCUUAUGGUCAGGAGAGCAGAGGCACAGUGGUGGUUGAAAGGGUGGGCGGACUGUAUGAUGAGAAAGAUUCACAUGCAUCUUGAUGAAGAGCAUAAAUCCUGGGUUUUGAGACUUUCAGAGGAGAUGGGAUGGAUCCCGCCAGCAACUCAAUGA